CUAAUUUACUUCCUUGUAACUGACAUUUUAGAGAAAAAAAAGGGAUAGAAACAAAAUACAGAUGAUGUGACAAUUCCCUAAAUCAAAGAGGUCAUGUCAUCCAAUAAACCUUUACUAUGUGGACCUUGCCAUAAAGGAGAAGUAAACACGAAAGCUGACGUCUGGUGUUACAACUGUGAUGAAGGAUUAUGCUCAACAUGUUUAAGUCAUCACAAAAGAUUCAAAGCAACAUGUGAUCAUAAGACAAUUGAUAUUAAAAGUUAUAAACCAUCCAUCCAAGCCAUUAAAACAGAAUGUAACAAACAUAGUCAACGACUCAACUUGUACUGUCCCAGUCAUUUAAUGCCUUGCUGUGAUGAAUGUAUUUCAACCAGUCAUUCAAAAUGUACAGGAAUAAAAAGUUUGGCAGGUGUCGUAGAGAAAACCAAAAUUGAAAAAUCAAAGGAAACUGUAGAGACAGACAUAAGUUCUCUCAUAAAUGUUUUGAACAAAUUAAUCAGCAACAAAUCAGAAAACAUCAAAACGGGAGAAAAUCAAUGUGUAAGCAUAAAGAAAUCAAUAACAGAAAUUAGAAAGGAAAUAAAUAAACAUUUAGACCACCUGGAGAAGAAGUUAUGCAAAGAAAUAGAUAGUAUUUGGAAUCAGGAAAAAUCAAAAGCAACUGAUUUCAUUUCUGAAAUUGACAGGAAAACUAAAAGCUUGAAGAAAAUGAAAGAACAUUUACAAACAGUCACAACACAUAGUUCUAAACUACAAUCAUUUCUUGGUGUACAUCAGAUUGAACAACAAGUACACCAAUGUCAAAGAUAUGUUGACGAUCUGGAAAUUGAUGAGAGCUUCAAAGAAGUUGACAUCAAAAUGGAACAAAAUGAUGAAAUAGAAAAGAUACUAAGCAAAUUAGAAUCAUUAGAAUCACUAGGAGAAGUAAUGGUUGUUAAGACAGAUGUAGUCAUGAAUAGAGAAACAAGUGUGAAGAGGGAAGCACAAGUAGAAUCACAAGAACAAACAAACAUAAACAACAUGACCAUGAAUAUUGAGACAAAGAUAAAGAUCAACAUGGAGAAGGAAAUUAGUGACAUGAUUUGUCUGAUGGAUGUAAGAGUUAUAGUAGUGGAAUGGGGAGGUAAAGUUUACCUACUUACUUCUGAUGGCAAACUACAGAAACAACUACCUAUACCUGGUAGACCCUGGAGUGUUACACAGAUCAAUCAGGACACUAUAGCCAUGACUUAUCAUAGGGAGACAGCCAUUAAGAUCUUCAAUAUGGAGAAUGAAACAGUUACCAAAGUUAUCAAAUUAGACAAAGUAAGCAGGGGUUUGUCAUUCUACAAUAAUUCUCUGGCUGUAGGUUUGAAUAAUGAUGAAAUCUGUAUUUUAGACUUGGAAGGAAAUACACUGAAGUCAAUAAAAGUUGAGAGUAAAUCAAACCUGGAGUACCUUGUUUACCGUAAUGACAGAGUAAUCUAUAGUGACUGGAUUGGUAAAGCAGUAUACUGUGUUGAUGGAUCAGGUAAACAGACCUGGCAAUAUAAACAGGAUUCAAAAGGACCAAGAGGACUAUGUACAGAUAUUUAUGGUAACAUUAUUGUAGCAGACUGUGUCUCUAACAGAAUAAUAGUUAUAUCAAAAGAUGGACAGAAUAGUAAAGUACUGAUGAGUCAAGAGAAUGGAUUGAGAUUACCGAUGUGUGUUUGUUUUAAAAGUAAUGAGUCUUCAGGUUUUAUUUGUGAUGACAGGGGUAACUACUUAGUAAAAUUCAAUUUAUCUUAUGGAUAACAUAAACCAUGACAAAUUAAGUGAUAUUGCUUUCCAAUGACACUAUGAAGAUAAUAUACAUAUAACAAGUGGAAAUAUUUAGUACGAAGUUGUGAAUGUGAGAGAUACUGUAGACAAAUGUAUGUUUGUAUUGUGUUGUUGGGGUACUGUCUAAUUAAUUCUCACAUCACAUAUCCUAAUAUUCCUAAGUGGUUUGGUGUGAAGUUUGAAUGUGAGAGAUAAUGUAAACAUGUGUAUAGAUGUAUGAUUUUAAUAGUGUUGUUGGGUUACUGUUUAAUUAAUGUCCACAUCACAUAUCCUUAUAUUACUAAGCAUUGCUAAGUAUGAUAUUUUGUGUGAAGUUUGAAUGUGAGAGGUUAUGUAGACAAGUGUGUAGAUGUAUGAUUUUGAUAGUGUUGUUGGUUUUCUGUCUAAUUAAUGUCCACAUCACAUAUCCUUCUAUUCCUAAGAGGUGAUAUUUUAUGUGAAGUUUGAAUGUGAGAGGUUAUGUAGACAAGUGUAUAGAUGUAUGAUUUUGAUAGUGUUGUUGGUUUUCUGUCUAAUCAAUGUUCACAUCACAAAUCCUUAUAUUCCUAAGUGGUGAUAUUUGGUGUGAAGUUUGAAUGUGAGAGGUUAUGUAGACAAGUAUAUAGAUGUACAUUUUAACUGUGUUGUUAGUUUACUGUCUAGUUUAUGUUUAAAUGUGUUGUAAAUCAUAGUGUGAUACCAUUCUUAAACCAAGUUUUAUUAAAUAUUUUUUUUUAUGAAUUGACCAUGACCCCAAAACAAUAGGCUUUUUCCCCUUUCCUAUAUCUUACAUCUGUCCGGUUUUAGUGUCAACAAUUCAUUGUAUCUUGUUUCUAAGACAAUUCAAAUACAAGUAAGCUGAAAAGGUAUUUACAAAGUUGACAAAUAGGAAUCAGAAAAUCAGAUUACUAAUCAAUAUACCCACUUGAGUCAUCCUUGAUCACUAAAAUAAUAAAAUGCUCCGCUGGGCGCAGCUUGAUACGACCGCAGAGGUCCAACCCUGAACAGUUGGGGCAAGUAUGGACACAACAUUCAAGCUUGAUACAGCACUGAAUUUGGAUUGUGAUUAAAUAUUUGACACAGCAUAGGUUUCUGACACAGAAUGAAUGUGGUCUAAGAACUUAAAAUUUUUUAAUUUACCUAUUCAAACCAUAUCAUUAUAAUUUGCUUUUAUAUAUAAAUCAGGAAUAACCAAUUUAAACUGGAAAAUUUUAAAGAAAAAAAAAGGGAAAAAAGGGAAAAAAAAUCCCCCCCCAAAUUUUUUGAACCCCCUUAUGAUUCAUCACCCCCAAACUCAAUCCCAGCCUUCCCUUUGUGGUAUGGUACCUUGCAGUACAAUUUCAGAGAGAUCCAUACACUUGAACACAAGUUAUUGUCUGGAAACUAGAAAAAUGCUUGUUUUUUGGCCCUUUUUUGGCCCCAAAUUCCUAAAUGUUUUGGGCAAUUACCCCCAAACUCAAACCCAGCUUUCCCUUUGUGAUAUGGAACCUUGUAGUACAAUUUCAUAAAGAUCCAUACACUUACACACAAGUUAUUGUCCUGAAACUAGAAAAAUGCUUGUUUUUUGCCCCUUUUUGGCCCCUAAUUCCUCAAAGUUUGAGGCAAUUACCCCAAAAAUCAAUCCCAGCCUUCCCUUUGUGGUAUGGUACCUUGCAGUACAAUUUCAGAGAGAUCCAUACACUUGAACACAAGUUAUUGUCUGGAAACUAGAAAAAUGCUAAUUUUUGGCCCCUUAUUCCUAAACGUUUUGGGCAAUUACCCCCAAACUCAAUUCCAGCUUUCCCUUUGUGAUAUGAAACCUUGUAGUACAAUUUCAGAAAGAUCCAUAAACUUAUACACAAGUUAUUGUCAUGAAACUCGAAAAAUGCUUGUUUUUUGCCCCUUUUUUGGCCCCUAAUUCUUAAAAUUUUGAGGCAAUUACCCCCAAAAUCAAUCCCAGCAUUCCCUUUGUGAUAUGGAACCUUGUGGUACAAUGUCAGAGAGAUCCAUACACUAACACACAAGUUAUGUCUUGAAGUUACAAAAAUGCUUAUUUUUGGCCCCUAAUUCCUUAACUGUUGAUACCAUAACCCCCAAAAUCAAUCCCAACCUUCCUUUAGUGGUAUUGAACCUUACGGUAAAAUUUCAUAGAGAUCCAUUCACAUAAACUAAAGUUAGAGUGCGAAAACCAAUGUGUCUUCGGACGACGAAGAAGGCGACGACGUCACCAACGUCAUACCAAUAUACGAUCGCAAAUUUUUUUUGCAGUUGUAUAAAAAUAAGCAGAUGUGGUAUGAUUGCCAAUGAGACAACUCUCCACAAGAGACCAAAAGACACAGUAUUAAUUAACAACUAUAGGUCACCAAACGGUCUUCAACAUACAUAGAUUUUGUAAACUUGUUCAUCAUCUAUUAUAUCAUUAAAAUGAAAACCAUUAGUUUAAGUACAAACCAUUAAAGAUAUUGAUGUUGAAGCAUCAUAGGUGCAUUCAUCCACGAAAAUGCAAUUUUCUUUCAGACAAUAAAAAGCUAAAUUCUACUUUGAGGUGAUGUGUUAAAUAUAUAUGAUCACAAAUUCAAAAUAGAUGUGCCCAAAGUUGGGUAAAAGAUGGUGUAGCAUGUUAUUGAAUGGUACAUAACCAGGCAAAAUAAAAAAAUUGUUGACACCCCCAAACAGUAUAGAAAAUUGAAAAAGUAGGUGUCAAAAAGUUUUAAAAAAGCGCAUACACAUUUAAAAUCAUCACUGUCAAGCUGCUGCGAUACAGUAAAACAUGCCAGUCAUUUUAUUUGUUGAUGGUGUCAAGCAUUUCUUGACCUUAUCGUUACAGUUUUUUUUAAGAAUUCACUUGGUAUCCAGUUUUUUUUAUUACCUUAAUUAUAAUAAUUAAUUAAUGAUACUGUAGUACUAUAUAAUUAGUUAAGACUUCAAUUACGUGUUCUAGUACCUGGUUUACAAUUAUUCUAAAAAUGUUCAAUUUUGGUUUUCAAUCAGCUAAAAAGGGUCUGUCUGACAAGGUGGAGAAGUUUGUUAGACGAAAAAAAAACAAAUUUCACAGCUUUAAUGUAAUAAUUCUAUGUUUUGUAAAUAUAUAACCUCUGGUUACUAUAGUCAGCUGAGUAGUCGGUGAUUUGGUCCUGACAUAAUUUAUAAGAUGCUUUCAUUAACUUCUCAGAUGAUAAAUUUAGAAAUUAUUGAGAAACUAAGGUUCCAACUCCCUCAGGCAAAUUGGACCUUAAGAUAAAUUUAGCUAUUCUACUGAUGUCAAUUUUGGUACAUAAUAUAUUAUUAGUUUUUACUGAGCAGUUGUAUAAGUAGCCAGUUGCCAUAUUGUACAUAAAUUUAUAUGUUUAUAUUCUUUUAAUAAAUAAUAGUUUAGUA